UUUUUUAAUUUGAGUACAAUGAUUUUCUAAUUUGAAACGAUGAAAGUGAGAUUAAUAGCAAAAGGAUAUAAUUAGGAAAUCCUCUAAAAAUGGAUUAUUCCUCUUCUUACGCACAGCUGUGCAAGAACGAGCAAGCAAAAGGUGCAAAAGAAGAAUCACUUUGCGGCGUAAAGCGAUUAACGGAAACGCCCAAUGAGGAAAUGGUUCGGUGCACAUCCGGUGCUACGCACUGCACGAACAAAGAAAAGAAUUGUUAUAUAAUGUUUCCUUAAGUUCAGCUUCAAUUACGUAAUGUACAUCUCGUAGCUUCGUCGAAUAAAUAAUGUUUAUGAACUGGAAGGUUAUUAGCAUCGCGCGACCAUAAAGUCGCAGUAACUGUAAUUAACGCAUAAAUUUCUCAACGCGUCUAGAAUUGUCUUUUGUAUGACAGUGUCUACAUUUUAAUUUGUGCUUGCACGUGAAGAUUUGUUUAUAAAGAGAUAUUAAGAACGGAGAGGAUUUAUCUCGCACGCGAUGUGGUAAAUGAAUUCUAAAUUAUUCCACACUUGUUAAUUAAUGCUUUUAUGAUUCGCGGGGAAUUUUUUGACGUACGUCAGUUAUAAUGUUUAUAAUGUUACAAAUAAUAUACGUAAAUGAAUAUAAGUAUAUUAAUAUGUAUUUUGGAGCUAAUAAAAAACGCAAGAAUUUAAUUGCGUCAUUGAAUAUCGAUCCCUAUCUAACUUUCGAAUGUAUGACAACAUCAAUUUAGUUAUCUUAUCUAAUGAAGAAGGAACAUAUUCACUGGCUAUUUGCCAAGGUAAAAAUUGUAAAUAGAACGUCUCUUAUAAUGGGUAUUCUAUAUUCCUGUCGCGCAAAAUUAAUACAGCAAAAUGGCGCGCGUACAGCAUUUUAUUAUAACGACUUGCGAUGUUGUAACGCAAUGCUACAACAAACUGAGCAAGGUUUACAUAAUCAUAAUCUGAUUUUUAUAUUCUAUGAAAAAUUGAAAAUUCUAUUAAAAAUUCACCUUUUUUUUCAAAUAUAGAUCAAUCGACAAUGUAAAUAUAUUAUUUUUACGAUAAAAUUAAUCUCCAGUUAAAAUUGUCUGAAUACUGCUACAGUUUUAACAUAUAAAAGGAUUUAUGAAAAACUGUAGUUAAAAGCUUUAAGUUUUUAAUCAUAGAUUGAAAACUAGAACUUAAUAAACAAAAAUUUUCAAAUAUAAUUUCAAAUAUAAAUAAAUGUAAAAAACGAGUCUUAGAAUAGAAAAUCAAUUUCUCUGGGAUGACUUAGAAAUUUAAGAUUCAUUCGUAUCACUUUUACUAUUCGCCUAUAUAUCAUCGCGAGCUCCGGUAGGGAAAAAAAAACAAGAAAAUAUAAGAGACACGUAUAAAUUUCAAGCGACCAGCCGAAGCAGAAUCCUUUGCCAUUAUGACAAAACACUCGACCAAACAAGUCUAGGUCUAGGACGCAAGUAGGGACUAUCCAGAGGCCACGUUUCGCAAGAGGAGUCUCCGAAAUCUCGAGUAUGUCGGCGAUCCUUCGGCGGAGGAGGACAGGUGGAUGCUCGGAGUCCACGGAGAGCAAAAGAGAGAAGGACGAGGUCGGGAGGAGAGGGAGAGAAUCGUCUCACAACUAAAUUACUCUCACUCGAGAGGCCCCCGUCUCUUCUUCGUGGGGGCCCCGCGUAUAUCCCCCUGCUUCUCCCGGGGGUAUAAAUGACUCCGGUCUACCUUCCACGGAGUCACAGAACUGAGGCGGCAUCGCAGAAGCCGACAUGAAUCCUCUGAUCGCGUGUAUGAUUGUCGGUCUGGCAGGGUUCGCCCUGGCUGAGCCGCCGUCCUCCGGCGGCUACAGUUACAACAGACCAGGCGGCGGUGGCGGCGGAGGCGGCGGCUACUCCUUCGGCGGCGGUGGCGGCGGUGGUUUCGGCGGCGGCGGUUUCGGCGGCGGCGGCGGCUUCGGCGGCGGUGGCGGUGGCGGUUACACCCAGGUGUCCUUUGGCGGACAGACCAGCGAGGGUGCUUCCGUGGACAGCGCGCUGCUCGAGCAGAUCCGUCAGAUCCUCCUGAAGGAGGAGCUGCAAUCCCAACAGUCCGGCGGAUUCGCCGGCGGAUCUGGAUACGCCCCUAGCUCCAGCUACGGAGCGCCGUCCUCGCAAUACGGCGCCCCGUCGCCGCAGUACGGCGUCCCGAGCUACCAGACCCGUGUCGUGGGCAUCGACCUCGAGGGCAUCAGACAGGCCAUUCAGGUGGCCCAAUUCAACCAGGUCAGCCAAGGCGCCGGGGGCGGCGGUGGCUACCCCAGCGGACCUAGCACCAGCUAUGGAGCGCCCAGCAGACCGCCGUCCGGUAGCUACGGCGCACCGUUCUAAGGAAUCACCUUCGUUUGAAUGAUGAUGAUGAUGAUGAUGAAAGAGAGCGAGAGAAAGAAAAAAGAGAGAAUGAGCGAGAGAAAGAGAAGGAGAGAAUGGGAGCGAAAGAGAUAGAGAGAGUGGAUAAUGGCACCGGCCGACGACAACGACUACUUUCCGAGACGCAGCUGCAAACGCGCAAAAAGACUCACGGGAGAAGACAUCGGACAUACUUGAAAGAAGGUGAAGAUCACGAUUGCUACGGAUCGCCGAAUACCAGUUUCUCCCCCAAAAAAGUGACACAUCCUCGGGCUCGCAGCUCGGAAGGUCGUCGAUGCCCAGGGUCAGAUUGUCGCGCAAAAUCGCUUCAGCGCAGAUCAACAUUCGAAGAUCAACGUCUCCGAAAUGGAACUGGAUCGUCGUGUCAUCCACGUUAUCCGGAUUCCGACCUCGCGACUCCAGAGCGUUUUCGAUCGUCCCACCGAUGUCAGUAGACCGGGACGAGAAAAACGCGCGCGAGAGACGGAUCAACGGGGGUAUCAACGGGACGGCGCCUGGUCCGUUGAGGGUUAAAUAGUCGUCGCUUCAACGGGUCAGGGUCUCCCGAAGUCCGCCGCCAGGAGGGAUAGCGCCGAGCGCACGCGGACCAGCAUCCUUUCCCCGGGACCUCUCGACACUUGUCGGGAAUCCAACGGUCGUCGCGCUGACAAGUCCGGGAGGAUCCGCGGGAGCGGAACGUGGCCAGUUUCUCUUUCCCCUUUAACUCCCCCUCCCCUCCCACUUGCAGGAGGGACGGGGUGGUUAAGGGGAUCCUGGGGUGGUCGGCGCGGUGCCGAAGUCUAUCGUACCAAAAUCGCAUCAGUCGUCGCAUCGCGCGAAGAAAAUCGAGGAUCAGUGAUCAAGUCAAAAAGGGAAGGGGGGGGGGGGAAUGAACACGAGUCGUCGACGCAGAUACACUUCACACUCUUCAUACCCGGUGACGAUUGCGUUCACGCGCAAAUCCCUCGCACCGGGGUCUCACUCAUGUUACAAGUAAUAAGAUAAGAGGAGCGGGAGGAGUAGGAGGAGGAGGCCGACAAGCCGAAGACGUGAUCGGCGCGGUGGUAUCAGCGCGCCUUUGUAAAUAAAAUUCCAUCGUCGCCGUGCCGCGGCGUACGCUGUUGUAACGCGGCCCGGUUCCUUCCGCCGAGGAUAUACAAGUCGAAGGACGACGGUCACGGCGAGGUCAAUCCCCCGCCGGGAGGAUGUCGCGCGGGAGGAUCGGAUUGACCCGGAGCUGAAGUUCGAAGUCUCGCACAGGAACAUCGAUCCCCUGAGCCGUCCGCGAGGACGGGGAGAGAGGACGGAGGAGAGGUUCACACCUCUCUGGCGGAAGGAGCGGGACCCGGAUUACGGGGCGGACGCCGCCGUGUCGUGCAUAUACGACGCCACGAGGAAGAGAUACACACUAUUUUUUUAUACAUAACGCUCUACUCUUUAACCACGCAUCUUUUUGUACUUGUAUAAAGGCUUUUUUUUGUAGAAAAAAGAAUAAAAAAAAGAACGUCGCCACCGUUGAAAAAAAAAACCAAGACCCGUGUGUUCUUCUCCUCCUCGCGCGAGCUCUACACGUCGGAAGCGAGCGACUCGCUUCCGGCAGUGCUCGCCGUCCCCGUUGCACUUGACAAUUCCGUCCUUCCUCCCGUCUCCUCCCUUCGACGCGUUCUACGACCCCGCCGACCGUCGCCGAAAGCAACUUACCGCACCGAUUUUUUUCCGCACGUCGCCGUGUAUCUCCCGAAAGACCCUCGAUCGUUUCUCUUUCUCUUCGUCGACGUUCCGAGAGAUCGGCGCCUUUCUCCUUUCACUCGCGAACCCGCGAGCCGCCUGGUAUCGCAUUAUCUUCCCCCUCCGUGGAGGGGGAGGGGGAGGGGGAGAGGUUGGAGCUUCUCACCGGACACGCGAGAGAAAAAGAGGCGCCGCUUCGCAAAAGGGCACCUGUGUUGCAAAACACGGAGAGAAAAGAGAGGGAAGGAGAGAGAGAGAGAGAGAGAGAGAGCGCAGGAUCUGACCAUCGAUAAAGAUUCGAAAGUGGCUUUGCGUGCGCGCGCGUCGAGACGACACGGAGUAUCCUCGGAUUAUCUGGGCGAAGGAUGUGUCGGGUAGGACGAGGGGAGAAGGAGUCGAGUUUCAGGAGUUUCCUGCACCGUCACGAUCGCUCGCGCUUCUCUCUUCCCGCUGUCGAGCAGUAAUGCCCGAGAUUAACAUCCGAGCCCGGCCAGCGCCGAGGCUCCUUUCUCGAUUACCGCGGGGUGACGUAAGCCGCUUGAGCCCGUAUGAACCCAUCUCGCGCGUUUCGGAGAGAUUUCGCGCCGGAAAACCUGUCUGAGAAUUGAUGCGUAUCUGCUUUUGCGGCCGCAUGCGCAACUGGUUACGUCUUCCCCAACGAACGUUAAGGCGCUUUCAGUUUAUCUUAUUUAAUUAUCGCAAUUUUCAGUUUCGAGUUAGAGUUUUUUAUGCUCGGGGAGUUCCUUUCGAUUACGGUCAAGACGAGUAGCUGGACAAAAAAUGCUUUAAUCUAUGCUUUUAUUGUGAUUAGUUGGUCGUUCCGGUCGUUUAUGGACGCGCAGCUGUCUCGAAAACGCUUAAUUAACAUGUUUUGCAGCAGCCGCAGACAUUUAUGACGACAUUCAUCAACGGCGCGUUCCGUGCAAAGCGACGUCGCGCGCUUGAGACGACAAAGUCGUUACAACGAUGGCAGGAUUUUCUCCGCGAAUAACGAAUGAGCAAUUUUGAAUCUAUUGUCUUCUACGCCGGAGGUUGCGCCGCGGUUGGUGGAUUCACGGAUCGUUUGCCGCGGAGCGAAAUUGUCGCGCUCGGAAAUGGCGGAAAUACCUUGCACGAAAGUCAAUUGGGAUAUCGCAGACUGCGGCCACAAAAUUAAGAGUUAAUCGGGAAUGCGGUCGGCCUCGCAUUGAGCCACCGCCUGAACGAAAUUUAACUCCGAUUAAUUCGCGUCGCAGGCGACGUCGAUAUAAAAACAAAUACGAACAGGUCCGAACUUUCUCGUUCGACGUUAAAGAAAUUGUAUCGUUAAUUACCGAGAUAAGAAAAAGAUAAAGUUUAAACGUAAACGAUAAUUAACGAUACAAUUCUUUAAUGCCGAAGAAAUCGGACCGUAUAAAAAAAAAAGUGCUGAUCUGAAACUCGUUGCCAUUUUUUACGCGGACGAAAUGAAUGUUCCUGUUUGGCGGAACCGUUAUCGGAUUACUUUCUUUCUCGCGAAUUAAGUAUUCGACUUACAAAUGAUUCAUGACCGCGGACAGAUUUUCUCCGGAUUCCUCGCGUGUACCAUCGCGCGAUAUCGCGAUUUACGACAUCUAUGCGCGCGCCUAAGAAAAAUUUCCAUAAAUUAUAGAUCCGCAUGAAUUGCGUAACGAGAAAACGCUGAUAUUACGUUUAAACGGUACGGACGUUCGGAACGAUUAGGUAAGAGAGCGAGCGCCGAUAAAGUGAAACAUUUAUUGUCGAUAAUGCUCCUUCGAGGCGAGCUCUCGAAUGACUUUAUCAUGUAACGCCGAUGAAUAAGAAGUUACAGGUAAUCUUCUCCCGUCGAAUUGCAUAAACUGUUAUCUUCGUAGAGCGAUGCUGCACAAUCGACACGAUAUAGGGAUUAUUUCCGCGUUGCCUCGAACGUCGAGGGACGGAUGCAAGUGCUGAGAAAUAAUGGGAAUAAAUUUAAACUGGAAUUAUUCACGAGCUUAUAUUACCGAUAUAAAAAAAAUGUUCUCGUAAAAGCGUAGAAACUAUACUUUCCACGCAAAUUAGAAGCGUUCAAGAAAAUUUGUGCUCAGUCAGAUAUUUUAUUUAGACUUUAGGUAAACAUUUCGUAAAACUUAUUUCGUGCAUUUACAAGAGGACUGCGUUAAAGUGUACUUAGUCCAAA